GAUCGCCAAAACAGCAGGGAUGGGGAGCGAGCGUCUCAUGCUGGUCUAGCAGAUGCAAGCGGCUCUGGGCAUUGCGCCCGAGCCCGCACCUUUGUUGAACCACGUUCACACGGUCACUGUACAGCAGCAAGACGAUGCGGACUUGGCAGAAUUGCCAGUCCUCAACCAGUCAGAUCCAGCGCCGGCUCUAUCUUCGUUUGAGUCUGCCAACAGUACUCUGUCCAAGCGACCCACUUUCAGCAGCUUUGACUCGUCCAGUUGGAGUAUACCUAAAAAGUCACUGCGCCCAAAUGCGCGCUCUGCACUCGCCCAUAUUGGUCAGAUCGGUGCGGCUCCCGCAAGCACGAAGGAGCUGUCCUUCGUCUUGCCAAGAAUUGAUGGCGGUAGAGGGGCGAUCGGAUUUCUAGUACUCGCAUGCAUCACCGAAGCGCUCGCUUUCGGCCUCGCAGGCUCGUACGGCGUCAUUCUAGACUACUACUUGCAAGUACCAGAGCUUGCGGAUUCGCCCCACUCUGCUACCAUCUUGCCUCUUGUCGGAACACUAUCGGGCACAGUCGUAUAUUUCGGUGGACCUCUCAUGCUAGCGCCACUCAAUCGAUAUCCCCACAGAAGAAAGGCGAUCGUAUGGUCCGGUCACGCUCUUUUCUCGUUGGGCUUGGGACUGGCCAGCUUGGCAAAGACGCCUUGGCAGCUCUUGCUCACUCAGGGCGCGCUUCUCGGUCUGGGUGACACUCUGGCGUACUUCACCGUCUAUACCUGGCUCACAGAAUGGUUCGUGCGACGUAGAGAUCUUGUGUCUAAUCUCUUGCUGGCUGCUUCAGGCUUGGGCGGUGCUAUAACGCCCCUCAUUGUCCACAAGCUGCUCGAGAUGUACGGCUGGAGGACGACAUUGCGCGCUCUUGCAGUGGGCCUCUUUGCACUCAAGGCACUCAUCACGCCCUUCAUGCACUCGCGUCUUCACCAAGUCCACAAUGCUGCAGGCCACGACCCUGGCGUCAAAGUCAGCGCAUUCGAUCGCAUACCCCACCAAUCGCCCAUCGUCUGGCUGUGUGCACUGGCCGCUGUGGUACAGAGCACUGCAGAAUUCACAAUUGGCCUCUACCUUGCAAGCUUCGCUACCGCUGUAGGCGUCAAUAGCACACACAGUACUCUGCUCGUUACGCUCUUCAACCUCUGUGCUUGUUGCGGUCCCUUGCUUGUCGCUCUCGGGCUCCGCAAAUUCAGUCCACACUGGGUUGCGAUUGCGCAAACGACUACCAGCUCGCUCUUCGUUCUCACGCUGUGGGGCGCUUCCAGCUCUUAUGGCGUACUCGUCGCAUUUGCAAUGAUCAUUGCGAUCAGCUCCAGUGGCUAUUCUGGCCUCUUUGGCAGCUUUGCAGAGUACAUUCACAAAGACUCUUCGGGCAACACUCUCUGGGGCCUGCUCAUGGCCACACGCGGCGUUGGCAACCUCGUUGUCGGUCCGCUGGGCGCAGCACUGCUCAAGACAGAAUUGACGGGCUUGCGCUGGCGUGGUUAUGGCGUCGCUUCACCACAAGCGGGUCAUUUCGGUGGCAUCAUUCUGUUCGUCGGACUCGCUUUCGCAUCAGUCACUAUCGUGCACCUGUCUGUCAUUUUCAUCGCGAGGCGAAGAGGCAGUCACGAGGAACGGCCUGCCGAGCAUGAGUCAGAUUUGCUUGAUCCAGUGAUGUAGCAUUGCACAGGCUGUUGAGCGUGAUCGAGGAGAUCGGCCAUUGUGGCCGGAGAUCCGCCGAUCACGAACUGAUAGAGCAGGCGU